AUGUCGUUACUCGCCUUGACCCUGUAUGCACUGUUCGGCGCGGCCAACGGCGCAGGGAAGCGCGGCCUCGUCUUCACGCCAAACCCGUCGCACCCCCAAGACAACAAGCUUUGGCAGCCGCCAGGCAACGAUCUCACCUGGUACUACAACUAUGGCAGCCUUCCAUCGCCCGCCUACGCCGACGUCUCGCAAGAUCAGUUUGAGUUCGUGCCCAUGAUGUGGGGUGUUGGUGCCAACCCGUCGGACGACACCUGGCUCAACGAGGUCAAGGGUGUUAUCCGCGACGGCCGCAACGUGUCCUACGCCCUCGCCUUCAACGAACCCGACGCGCCCAACUCCUGGGGCGGCAGCAACGUCGCCCCACGCGCAGCCGCCCAGGCCUGGGUCGCCAACUUCGAACCCCUCACCAAGAUGAACGUCAAGGUCGGCCUGCCCGCCGUCACCGGCGCGCCGUCCGGCCUCGACUGGCUCAAGCAGUUCCUCGGAAACUGCUCCGCGCUUGUCAGCAGCGGCGGGAGCCAGACCAAGAACUGCACUUUCGACGUCGUCCCCGUCCACUGGUACGACAACUUUGCCGGGCUGGCGUCGCAUAUUGGCGAGCGCCGCGCGCUGUGGCCCAACGCCGAGAUUUGGGUGACCGAGUACGCGUUCGCCCACCAGGACCUCUCGCCCACGCAGCAGUUCUUCAACCAGACCGUCGACUACUUCGACAAGGAGUCCUACAUUGGCCGCUACUCGUACUUUGGCGCCUUUCGCUCCGGCAACUCAUCCGUCGGCGCCAACGCCCCUUUCCUCAACAACGCCGGCAAGCUGACUGACAUUGGCGCCUGGUACCUGGGCAAGAGCGCGACGGGGGUGAACCCCCAGAGCAAGGCGCCGAGUAUCGCGCCGUCGGGAGUCGUCGUGGGCGGCAUCGCGGCUGUCGCAGCCGUUGUGCUGGCGUGGGUGUAG